CCCUUUUAGUUUCACCGUUCUCUCUUAGAUUUACUUCUCCUAUAUUCCUUUCCCUCUUCAUAAAUUUUUUCAUAGAGCAAUUUUCCUGCUUGAUUUUCCAUAGAAAAUCCUAGUGAUAUCCUAAGAGAAAACCAAAACAAAACCCACUUUGCAAAUUGCAUAUAUCUCGGUGAAGAUAUUCUCUUUCUUCGAAUAAUAAUAAUAAAAGUGUUUUCAUCAUGUCAAAGAUUGAGGUUGUUGAUGUGAGUCUGAACCGGGCAGCACCACCGCAAAGCAGAGUGAAUGCCAACUUUCCGGAGGGUUUGAGAGUUCUUGUGGUUGAUGACAACGUUGUCUGCCUCAAACUUGUUGCUGCUCUUCUCAACAAGUGUCACUAUAAAGUUACGGCGACAACAAAAGCAACAGAAGCUCUUAAAAUGCUGAGGAAGAAGAAAAAAAAAUAUGAUAUUGUGAUUACUGAUGUUAUAAUGCUUGAUAUGAACGGUUUCGAGCUUUUGGAGAUAAUAGACCUUGAAAUGGACAUGCCAGUAAUAAUGAUGUCUGCAAAUGAUAACAAAGAAUUGGUGAUGAAGGGGGUAAAGCAUGGAGCUCGAGACUACCUGAUAAAGCCACUUCGGUUGGAAGAAGUGAAGAAUAUUUGGCAGCAUGUGGUCCGGAAAAAUCUAUUUAAUACAACGAAAUAUGGCACCGUGCAAGCAGGAACAUAUCAAAACCCCCCAAUUCCAUCUUCAAAGAGGCAGAGGGAAAAUAGAAAUGAGGAAGAAAAAGAAGAAGAAGAAGAAGAAGAAGAAGAAACAAACACUCAUAAUGAGGAAUCUUCUGCAAAGAAGAAGACGAAGAAGAAGAGGGUUAGUUGGACUGGAGUGUUGCAUAACAAGUUUGUCGAUGCUGUUCGGCAGCUAGGAGUGGAUAAAGCAGUUCCAAAGAAGAUACUCGACAUCAUGAAUGAACCGGAGAUCUCUCGAGGAAGUGUUGCUAGCCACCUUCAGAAGUACAUAAAUGCCUUAAGGAAGGAGAACACAAAAGCUAAAAUGAGCCAAGAAAGCGAGAACAAUAUCAAUUCAAACAAAACAAACGGGCUUCUAUCCAAUACAAUCACCACAUCUUGUAUUAAUCAAGGCCUAAACACCAUCAAUCAUCACAACAGAUUAGCAGAACAAGACAUGAGUACUGGGAUCACUUCAUUUGGUAGCCAACUUCAAACAUUUGGUGCUUCUACAUCAAAUGCAAAACUCCUCCAACAAAACCAACUACCUCCCAAAGUAGUGGAAGAUCAAAUGCGCCCAACCGUGCUUGGAAGUGUCCCUCCAUCUCCAUUUUUUGCGACAAAUCCAUCUCCCCAUCAUGAAUUGAAUGGGAUGAGGUUUCACUCUAUUAAUUCGAGAACAAAGAUGUUUGGUGACAAUGUCAAGAUGUCUUCUUCUCAGCUUCCUAGCUUUAACAUAGGACAAUCUGGUCCAAGCAAUAUGCCUGUUAGCUUUGGGCCAUAUUCAUGUCCUCCUGCAACCUUCAACCUUGGCAGUGUUUCUUUUCAAAAGCUUGGAGAUGCUUCAAAUCAAUUGAAUCCAAUUUCUCAACCUGAUUCUCUUGCCAUGUUGCUUCCAUGGCAACAUGAAGGAAGAAAAUUAGCUAAUCUCAAAGUAAAAGAACCAAUUGACUCAAUCCGAAAAGCGCAGUUUGUGCAGCAUCGAUAUCCCUUUGAGAAUACAGAAAGAGAAAUCAAUAUCCAUCAUAAUAAUAGCAGUAGUUUCCCGGAUGAUGACCUCCUUAGCAUUGUGGUAAAACAGUUUACCAAGAACUCAGCUCCUAUAUUGUAAUCACAGGGCAUCCUAUUUUAAAUUGAAGCUGAUUUAUGAAAACGAACAAGAAGAAGAUUUUGUUGAUGCCUACGCUGAUAGAAGUUUUUUCGUGUUCGUGAUUGUUUCGAGAUGCUCUCCAUAUUGUGAGAUUUGAAGAUUGAUGCUUUCUCUAUGGGAAGACAAAUGAUAGUUUUUAAAGUUUAGACUGUGGUGUGAUUUAUUGAUCAGAUAAAUCAUGAUUUAUUCUAGAUUUAUUUACAUUGUUAGAUGUCCAUAGUACAUGCAUUAAUUCUCUAGGAUACAUAUAUUUUUAAUUUGCCUCAUUUUAUGGAAUUAUGGAUGUUGAAAAACAUACCAUCAUAAAUCAUUUUGUGUAGAAUCUGAAGUUUGUUUUAUCUAGUUAAAGGGACAGUAGGGUU